UAAUUUGAAAGGCAACUGAUAAGAAACGGCACGAAAACAAAGGCAAUUUCUAUCCCCCUUUUGAUUGCAUUAAAUGUUUAGCGAACUGCAAAUCAUUAUAUUCCAAUAGAUUCUCUGGCAAAAUGAGGUUCACUGGUUUGUUAGGCUUUCAGGUUUCCAUUACACUUUAUUUAAUGACAUUUUGUCAUGCGGAGACGCUGAAUAUAGUUGAAAAGUUGGACGCUAUUUAUGAGCAGUCAGAAAAUGUACUUUCCACUUUAAAGGAGGCACUUUUGCAAGUACAAACUAAUGACAGCUCAAAUACAUCCAUUAAGGAGGUGUUCCCCACUUCCUGCCUGAAUUCAGAAGUAAAUGAAAAUGGUUUGUAUACCCUGGAAGUCCCAGGACUGAGUCCAUUUCAAGUGUACUGCGAAAAUAAUAUAGCUGGUCCCGGGUGGAUUGUGAUCCAGAAAAGAUUUAGUGGAAACCUUAGUUUCUUUCGUAAUUGGAAAGAGUACAAGGAUGGAUUCGGAGAUCUAAUGGGCGAGUAUUUUCUUGGUCUUGAGAAGAUUCGUGCCUUGACCGCUUUGGAGCCACAUGAGUUAUAUGUCCACCUGGAGGACUUCGAUGAAACAAUAAAAUACGCAAAAUUCGAUGAAUUCGCGAUUGGAAACGAAGAGGAUGACUACGCUAUGAACGCACUAGGAAAAUAUUCCGGUACUGCGGGGGAUUCCCUUCGAUCGCAUCGCAAAAUGAAGUUUUCUACAUAUGAUCGGGAUAACGAUCGUGAGUUUAAUAGAAACUGUGCAUUUUACUAUCUCGGGGGAUGGUGGUACAAUGCCUGUCUGGAUAGCAACCUUAAUGGACAGUAUAUGCCUGGUGGCAAAUACGAGGAGAAAUUGUUUGCCAGGGGCAUGUGCUGGCGUUCUUGGCGUGGCCACAACUACGGGUAUAGGAUCACCCAAAUGUUGAUAAGACCCAAGUGCCGAAAUAUACCAGUGAUUCAUCAGUGACUCUUUACAAGGCGCUGCCACAGAUACUAUAAUUAUUUGCUGUUUACUCCCUCCGGUUUAAUGGCUUCAAGAUCAACGUGAAAACAAUUUGUUAUGUACUUGAUUAAUAUGCAAAAUGUGUUGCCAUUGAAUCAUCACAUUUUUGCUGAGCACAUUAUUUAGAAUCUCAAACAGAAAUGCGAAAUAUACUGUAAUUUUCAUUGAAA